AUGACGAUACAAUCUCGCUGGUCGGCACCGAUCGAGAAAUGCUCGCUCCCCCACUGGAUCUUCGGCUCGGCUUGCGGGCCGUUGUCGGACAAGAAGCUGUACAUCGACCCGGAGCGGCCGGAGACGCAUUUCUUGACCAAGUCGGACUACCGUCUGCUGGCGAAGCGUGUGGCGCUGGGCCUUCUCGAUGCCGGUCUGCAGCGUGGCGACCGCGUGCUGCUUUUCUCGCCCAACCAUCUGUGCUUUCCGCCACUCUUCCUUGGCAUCCUGAUGGCCGGCGGCAUUUUCACGGGCGCCAACCCGUCCUAUGUGCCGCGUGAGCUGGCGCACCAGUUAAGCGACUCGGGUGCCCGCUUCAUGGUGACAGAGGCGGGCAGUCUGCCAACAGCCCUGGAAACGGCAAACAUGGUCGGGCUGCCGGCAAGCCAGAUCUAUGUGCUGGACCGGUUCGAGGAUACGCCGGCGAACAUUGCGCAGACGAACUCGGUCCCACGGCCAACCAGCACGACAGAGAGCAUCCGCAGCGGCCAGGAGAAACACGGGCUGCAGGGGGUGCAUCACUGGAUGGAUCUCGUGGACGGCAACCUGAAGCGGGCGGAAACGUGGGAGUGGACAGAACCGGCCGACCCCGAGACAACGACCUGCUGCCUCAACUACAGCAGUGGCACGACGGGUGUGCCCAAGGGCGUCGAGAUCAGCCACCACUCGUAUGUGGCUAAUGGCACAGGGGUUGUGGCCAUGGCUAAACAGGCGCCAGAUGACGAGGAGGUGCGCAAGCGGUCCAUCGGCCUCUGCUUCCUGCCACUGUACCACGUCUAUGGUCAGUCGUAUUACGUGGCAACCUUUGCGUACAGAGAGGUGACCACAUACAUGAUGCCCCGCUUCGACUUUGAGAAGAUGCUGCAGCACAUCCAGCGCUUCCGUGUCACCGGCCUGACCCUGGUACCGCCUAUCGCUGUCGCUCUGAGUAAGCAUCCGUUGGCUCGUCGUUACGACCUCAGCAGCAUCGAAACUGUCAACUGUGGGGCCGCGCCACUGUCCAACGACUCUGCCGUGGCCGUAGAGCGGCUGUGGCCGCCUGAGCGCGGCAUCGUCCUGCGCCAGGGCUGGGGCAUGACUGAAGUCACCUGCACCUGUCUCGGUUGGGGCCACACAACCAAGAAGAAUGGCGAGGGUCAGCCCGUCGGCGAACUGGUACCCAACUGUGCUGCUCGGCUGGUGGAGGUGCCGGAAGACGGCAGCAGCGUCAGCGGCGGGCGUCCUCCCGUCUUCAUCACUGAGCCCAACCGUCCCGGCGAGCUCUGGGUGACGGGCCCUACGCUGUUGAGGAGCUACUGGCACAGGCCAGACGACACGGCUGCUACUGUCUAUGUCGAUCCGGCCGAUGGCAUUCGCUGGCUGCGCACUGGCGACAUCGCCUAUGUCGACCGCUAUGAGCCUGGUGCCCUCUUCUUUAUCGUCGACCGUCUCAAAGAACUCAUCAAGGUCAAGGGCAACCAGGUCGCACCGGCCGAACUCGAGGCUCUCCUGCUGGAACGUCCCGACAUCAGCGAUGCUGCCGUCGUCGGCGUCCGCAUCGACGGCGAGGAGCGGCCGCGUGCCUAUGUCGUGCGCGUGCCUGGAUCCAAGGCCACGGGCGACGAGAUUGCUCGCUGGAUGGCCACCCGCACCUCUCCUUUCAAACGGUUGGCUGGUGGUGUCGUGUUUGUGGACAACAUCCCAAAGAACCCAGUGCGUAUCUCUCGUUUGUUUCUGCUUAGUUGA